AUGACGAUCACUCCUUUUGAUGGCACUAGCUAUGGAAGCUGGCGUCGAAAUAUUCUGGUGGCUCUGUCUGUACGCAAUAAAUUGGAUUUUAUAAAUGGCACUACUGAAAAACCACCUGUUGGUUCCCCUUUAGUCAGGCAAUGGCAACGUUGUAAUGAUUUAGUUGUGUCUUGGCUGACCAAUUCUCUCACCAAGGAGAUUUCUCAUAGUGUUGAGUAUUCAGAACUAGCUAAAGACAUUUGGCAUAAAUUAGAGGAGAGAUGUAUGGCUGAUGGUGCUAGAAUUUUUGAACUUAAGGAGGAGUUAUCUCACAUUUCUCAGGCUUCCAUUUCUGUUAAUCACCUCUCUGUAUGCACAUGUGGGGGAAAUAAAAAGGUUGAGGAAGAGCAGAAGGUAUACCAAUUCUUAAUGGGACUCAAUGAUACUUACCUCCAAGUCAGAAGCAAUAUCUUGAUGAUAAAGCCCCUUCCUUCUAUGAGUACAAUUUAUGGGAUUCUACUAAGUGAUGAGAAACAAAGGCAAGUAUCCUCCAUUUCUCAGUUUCCUUCAAACUCAAACUCUGCUUCUUUUAAUGCUGGAGUGUCCAAACAAUCCCUCCCCUCUAAGGUGAAUUUCAAUCCUCAAAGACCAGACAAUCAAAGGUCCUCUCUCAUUUGCAAAUACUGUAAGAAACCAGGGCAUUCUAUUGAAAAAUGCUACAAGCUGCAUGGUUUUCCUCAAAAUUUCAAGUUCACUAAAGGUAAUACACCUAGGAGAACUGCAGCACACGUUGAGGUUCAAACUCCUGUUAACUCUGAUGAGACUGGAAAUGCUGGUGGUCUUUCUCAAAUUUCUGCUUCUUUUGCUGCUCCAAAUCUUUUGGCUUCUGCUAAUUUUGCUGGUAAGUUGUUGCCUGAGAAUGACUCUACCCAUUCCUUAGUUUCUCUUCCUAAUGGUUAUAAAGUUAGAGUUACCAAUAUUGGUUCAUUAACUUUGUCCCCUGAUCUUACUCUUCAUAAUGUUCUUUAUGUCCCUAGCUUUCAACACAAUCUCAUUUCUGUUUAUAAGUUGGUUGAAAAGCCAGGUGAUAUAGUUCAAUUUACCAAUACUGCAUGUACUCUACAGGGCCCUUCACUGAAGAAGCCAGUGGUGCUUGGUAGACCAGACAAUGGGCUUUACAAGUUGUUUCAACUUCCUGCAAAUUCUGGCCCUUUGUGUUGUCAUGCUACUUUACCCAAUGUUUUUCCUUGUUAUAUUCCUUGUAAUCCUUCCUCUACUGUAUUUCCUAGUGCACCUAGUAGUACUGGAAGCUUGUCUAUUGAUCAUACUAAUGGAGCCACUGUUGCACAUAUAAAGUGA